AUGAGAAAGAAAACUAUUAUUCGAAAGAGUCCUAAGGCCAAAUUCUACAAACUCCCUGAUAAACCAAAAACCUCUCCUCGUUCCAAAGAUCAAACCUUUACACCAUCUUCCUUUCCACCAACCUCUCCUCCUCGCACCGAUCCAAUGGCUCAUACCAAAAUAACUCCAAGGUAUCCCUCUUUAUCCAAGCCAAUGGCUCCACCCAGUGCUCCUUCACAGCCAAGCACCUCGAAAGAAAAAUGUCCUGCUGCUGAGGAGCCUCCGCCUAAACUUUUGCGACCUAAGCCUAGGUCAGCUCCUCAACGUCCUCAAAGAGGUAACCCCCAUCUCCCUCUCAAACCGGUUAAGAAACCUUCCAUUGAUCCUUUUGAACACAAGUCACAGUUUAUGACUUCUCAUUCUAACUACAACCCUCACCGUUUUUGCUCUGCCAUGAACCAUGAUUUUUAUGAGGAUGUUGUCGUUCAUCGUACCAUCUGUCUAACUUUUCUGACUGAUUUACCAACCCUGAAAAAGAAAGAUUUUAUUUUUGCUAAUAAUCUUUAA